GCCCUUGGCGGCCCCGCCCCUUCGCGUUAGCCCGCACUUGGGCGCCGCUCUAGGCACCGCCUCCUCUCGAUGCCCCCUCCGUGGGCGCGCGAUGGAGGCCGGGUGCUGGUUGCUGGGCGGCGAGUUCGAGGACUCGGUGUUCGAAGAGAGGCGGGAGCGGCGCCCGGGACCGCCCGCGUCUUACCGCGCCAAGCUCUGCGAGCCGCAGCUGUCAACUCUGCGGACCCCCACGGGCCUUGCCUGCACCGACUGCAGCCGGGCCUCAGCGCCCCCACAAAUCCAGCCGCCGCCCACGGCCCAGACCUUAGCGUGGUCCGCCCCCGACGGCGACGUCCUCCACCCGCCAACGAGCCUGCCCUCGUGGUUUUAUGGGGAAACGGAGAGCAGUGAUGAUGUGGAAGCUCUAACGGUCAAGAAAUUCAGAGGGGACCUGGCCUACCGGCGGCAGGAGUAUCAGAAAGCACUGCAGGAAUAUUCCAGUAUCUCUGAUAAGUUACCACCUACAAAUGUUGCCAUGAAAAGGGAUGUCCAGGAAGGCCAGGCUCGGUGUCUCGCUCACCUCGGAAGGCAUGCAGAAGCACUGGCGAUUGCUACGAACUUGGAAAUGAAAGCAACGAACACAGACCAUUUAACCACUGUGCUCUGCCUCCAGCUUGCCAUUUGUUCAAGCUCGCAGGACGUGCAGCGCACCGCCUUCUGCCUUCAGAGACUGGUCUCUCUGCACCCUUUCAGCCCUUGGAGCUGGGGCCGGCUGGCAGAGGCCUACCUGGCCGCAUCGUCCGCGUCAUCUCACAGACAGAACCGUUCCCCCCCCAGUGACAGGACUGUCACCUCCGCCUGCCCACACGCAGGGAGAGACUGUCGUGUGUGUCUCCCUGAGACGUUGCCCGAGAGCUCCGUGUUUUCUGUGGAAACGAGCAGCAGUAACAGCCGGAAGAAGGAGGAAGCUCUGAAGAACUCUCGGGACUCUUUGUCGCUGGAGGCUCGGGUGAAAGCGUGCGCUUCCUUUAUACGGACCAGGCUUUUGCUUCAGCUCACCCAGUCUCAGCAGACAUCGUUUGCUUUGGAGAGGAACCUCAGGACCCAGCAGGAAAUUGAAGAUAAAAUGAAAGGCUUUGGCUUCAAAGAAGACACUCUGCAGCUGAUCACCGAGGUUAUGGGAGAGGAUAUCGUUCCAGAAAAAAUAAAAGACGAGGUUCACAGCGAGGUGAAGUGUGUGGGCCCUGCAGCCCUGGCCGCCUUGGUGAUUGCAUCUUCGGAAGAAUUUGAAGACAAGUGGUUCCGAAAGAUCAAAGACCACUUCUGCUCCUUUGAAAACCAGUUCCAUACACAGAUGCAAAUCUCUGCUUAAAAACAAAACAUCUGGCCCUAGCUGGUUUGGCUCAGUGGAUGGAGCGUCAGCCUGCAGACUGAAGGGUCUCGGGUUUGAUUCCAGUCAGGGGCACGUGCCUGGGUUGCAGGCUUGAUCCCCAGUGUGGGGCAUGCAGGAGGCAGCUGAUCAGUGAUUCUCUUUCAUCAUUGAUGUUUCUAUCUCUCCCUCUCUGAAAUCAAUAAAAAUAUUUUUUCAAAAGA